ACGGGAAAAUUUUUGUUGUAGGAAUGUGUUGUGAGAAGUAAGGUGGAGAUUAGGCCCGUUGCCCUCAGUGUUUACCCCCGCCACCAUGACCUCCAUGGACACCUGGAAGACCUUUGAACCUGACAGUUAUUAUAAGAGCUUUCUGGAAAAAAAUAAGCGACCAGAUGGCCGGGGAUUGAUGAGUGUUCGGCCCAUUACUGUCAAGGUUGGGACUGUAACUACAGCUGAGGGUUCGUCCACUGUGCGUGUGGGGCACACUACUGUCAUGUGUGGUAUUAAAGCAGAAAUAGCCACCCCAACUCUCCGGAACCCAAAUGAGGGCUUCAUUGUACCUAAUGUGGAACUAUAUCCAUGUUGCUCUCAUCAGUUCAAGAUGGGACCACCUGGAGAGAGAGCAAUGGCCACAAGCCAGUUCUUAAAAAAUGUCAUCACCAGUGCUCAAAUUAUAAACCUCACUGACCUCUGCAUUGUACCCAACAAGAUGGCUUGGUGUCUCUACUGUGAUGUAGUGUGCAUUAACUAUGAUGGCAACUUAUAUGAUGCAGCAGUGAUAGCACUUAUGGCAGCUUUACAAAAUGUGAAGUUACCUGCAGUUUCUUAUGAUGAAGAGAACGACAAAGCUUCUGUUGAAUUAGAGAGAACUCUCCCGAUUUCAUUAAAGGCCAAGCCAGUAGCUUCAACCUUUACCGUGUACAGUGACAGUAUACAGUUGAUGGACCCUACUGCAGAAGAUGAAACUCAGGGGAGUGGGGAAGUGACUGUAGUUCUUCUUGAAAAUGGAUCCCUGUGCACCACACACAAGCCUGGCGGUCAGCUCAUCUUACCAGACAUUCUUGAUAAAUUUGUUGCUCUUGCUAAAGAAAGAGUCCAGCAUGUGAACACUUUGCUAAGUAAAGCUGUAACUGAGAGAACGGGUACUCUAUAGUGAUCAAUGCAUUGUUUACCAGUUGAAAGAAUAUAAAUAGUUCUA